AUGACGUGGCCCAACUUGUUUCGUACCGACAAUGCCACUGAUACUUUGGCGCAGGAUUCCCUUGAGCAGACGGUCGAUGAAGAAACCCAAGAGAUAAUCCAAAAUUCAAUCAGGAUAUUUAAGCAACAACUCAAGGAGGAGUGGAAGCGUCAAAGAGCUCCUCAAAGGCUGAAGAGAAAACUACUAGAAACGCGGGCGUCUGAAGCAACGACCACAGCACGAAUCUUCUUGGAUUAUGGAGGAUUCAAAGCCUGGUUUGCAUAUUUCCUUGCAACGGGGGGCAAAACCCAUUUCAAGGGACGACAUGAUAGAUCCGUCACCAUUGCUACAUUCCAGAAGCUAUCCUCAGGCGACCGAAUAAGCACGGCGAGAAGAGUGGCAGGUAUACAGCCACACCCUACCGUCCACAGUGCGAUUCUCAAGAUAUCUCAGGCUUUUGAAAGUGACGUAGGGAUCCUGGAGACUCCUCUGAAGAGCAAUCAAGAAGCUCAACUAAACUCGUCAGCAACACGCAGUUCGACCGACGUCGAUAUCAUACCCUCCCCGAACGAGACGCAAAGUGGCCCCGAAGAAGCCCCCGGUAUCUCCCUGCACACUCAACCUUCUUCGCAACACCUGGUGCUCGAAAAGGCAUCACUUCAAGGGAUCGCGGACGUUUUCGACCACUAUAUGUGUGGUGCGAUCAGAAAGGAUACAGUUCAGAGUGGUGGAAUCACUUACUUCAAAGCUGCUGUGACGAUGGACUUUCCUUUUGACGGGCUAGUCGAUUGCCUGAUGAGCUUGGCGAUCCACCACAGCAAGGUCGAAUAUCUAGCCAUGGCGUUGUUCAAGGUACAUGUGGAAUCGGUGGGACAAGUUCGGUAUGUGAUCCUAAAAGAAGGGGCGAAACUAAUACCCAACCCCGAAAUGACGCUGAAGGGCGUUCUGGAUGACGCUAUCAUGCGUGUACUUGGUCCUGAGGUACAUGGGGCGAUCAGAGCAAGCCGCAUGCGCAAAAAGGAAUUGGAAGAAGGAAAUCAUAUGACAGAAUGCGUCUCGAUGAUAGUCACAAGCAGAUAUGAUGAAGGGGCCAUUAUCAAUUUGUCUCUGGGGCUGAAAGGUGGUGCUCAAAUACAAAAUAAACUAUAUACAUAG